CAAACAUGGCACAAAUGGGAUUCAAGUUUGUUCAAAUGAAGUGCCAUACUUCUCCCAAAGGGGAGAUAUAGUCAAGAAAAGGCAAAAAUAGGAUGGGGGUCAUUUAAAAUCUUCUCACUGGGCCAGAAAAGUUCAAAUCUACAUGAAAGCUUCCAGACAUAGUGUAGAUUCAAGUUUGUUCAAAUCAUGGUCCUCAGGGGUAAGAUGGGACUGCAAUAGGGGAUCAAAGUCUUAUAUGGGGAUAUAUAGAAAAAAUCUUCUCCAAAACAAUAGGGCCAUGAUUACUCAUAUUGAUAUGCAAAUAUCCCCAGGUAGUUCAGAUUCAAGUGUAAUUGUUCAAAUUGUGGUCCCCAGGGGUAGGGUGGAGCCAAAAUAGGGGAUCAGAGUUUUACAUGGGAAUAUAUAGGAAAAAUCUCAACAAUAACAGCAGGGCCAUGAAUUCUUACAUUAAAAUGCAAGCAUCCCCAGGUAGUGCAGAUUCAAGUUUGUCCAAAUAAUGACCCUGUGGGGUAUGGUGGGACAGGGAUAGACAUCAACUUUUCUUUUACUUGCCCUUUGGGCAAGUAAACUCAAAGUUUUACUUGUCCGAAUGAAAAACUUAGUUGUCUGAAAUAUUUGAUAAGCCUGUCAACCAGUAACUCUCAUUAUCUCUCUCUGUCAAUUAGUACGAUCUACUAGAAUGGGUCUUUGCUAUAAUCUGACAAGUUGGUAAAGAAAUCAACAAUAUAUGGAGUUGGACUUUACUUUCUAUAAAUAUUUGAUAUUCAUCAAGCUUAACACAAUGAAGAGAGCAUUUUAAUUUUUAUAUGGGAGUGUAGAGGAAAAAUCUUCUCAAUAACAGCAUGGCCAUGAAUACUCAUUUUGAUAUGCAAGCAUCUCCAGGUAAUUCAGAAGUCAUGACCCCUGAUGGUAGGGUAGGGCCACAAUAGGGGAUCAAAGUUUUAUAUGGGAAAUACAUGUAUUUGAUAUGAGUGAAAUAGUCUUGAGAGGGACGUUAAACAAUAUACAACCGGUACCAAAAUAUUUUACUUUGUAACCUUGACCUUGGAUUUUUAUCUACUUUUAAGGAGGUACUCUACAUCGUCAUAAUGACUGACUUUCUUUUAAAACAUGGAUGAAAAUAUAAAUAUCAGCAAUAUUUGUCUAUUCAUUAGAAAAAUUCUCGCCUAGCUCAGUAGGUUAGAAUGUCAACUGCUGAAAUGUAGAUUGCGUGUUCGAGUCCAUGAGGGGUUUUAAAUUUUCUCAGAUUGCUUUCUACUAAAACUGCAUUUUUUUUUACUAAAUAAAGUAAAUUUAAAGUUUUCAGUUUCAAAAUAUUGUUGUACAUAUCCUCCACUUUUCAUCCAUAUCAAAUUUCUCUGGUGUAGCACACCUCCUUAAGAAAAGCUAUCCUAGGCAAUAUCUCCAGAACUGUUUAAGUUUGGGCUUUCAUAUUUUGUAUAUAGAUUCCUUAUGGCAAGACCUAUUUAUAUUUCAUACCUUGUAUUAUGGUUAUGUUGUGACCCUUUUGGACUAGGUUGGGGCCAGAAUUUGGGAUCAAAAAUUUUCACGGGAAUAAAAAUUGCAUAAAAUUUUAAAAUUCACAUCACCUGAAUAACAGCGGGACCAAGGUUACUCAAGUGAGCAAUGUGACCCAGGGGCCUCUUGUUUUUUUGCUAAACAGUGAUAGGGUGCUGUUUAAAAUGUAGGCUUUGAAUUUGGCUUUGAUAUCCAGUGGUGAUGUAAUAUUUUUAAUCAAGGCACAAAGUGUUGUUCUGUCUGAGGGAUUUAUAUCAAAGACAACCAAAAAUCAAAUGUUAUCGUAACCAAUGUUCAACUCAUUCUUGUUAACAUAUACGCCUUUAUACUGGUAUUUGUAUGGAGUAGGGAGAGAUAAUUUUUCUAAGUGAUUUACAAACUUAAUACAGUGUUACUAACAGUUUGAAAAAAAUAACAAUUUCAUCUUUAUAGUUGAGUCAGUUUAAUUUAUAUCCUUCACUUAAAAAAAGAAUGAAGAAUUCAUUCUCUCCACAGGGUUAGGUUUACUGUUAAGGUCAGGUGCAAUAAUAAUUUAAUAGUCUAGACCUGGUUCUAGAAUGCAGUCAAGUUCUCAAACAAUUACAUGAUAAGAUAAAAAAAAAAAAUUCCUAUAAUCGCUGUGGAAUCAUGCAUAAUUUAGUAGUUUUACUAUUUCAUGACACUGGAAACUUGUAUUGCAAAAAUAAUAUGGACUGCAGUUUGCAAAAUUAUAAGCACUCCACAUAAUGCAGAUAAGUUGAGUAGACAUGCAAUAUUGAUCAAAAACCAAAGCUUUCAUUUAAUCCACAGGUAUACCACAUAUUAAUUAUUACUAACACCUCAGACAACAGCACCGAAUGUCAGCUUUAAAUUUCUAAUCAUAUUGCACAAGUUAAAUAAAGCUAACAUGGAGAACAGUGAAAUUUAUUCUUCCCAUUCAAUUGGCUUUUAUCAAAUAGACUUUAAAGUAAAAUCCAAAUAGUUUACAUUUGAUAAUCCUACCAUUUAAAGGUGGGGUAUUCGGCUGGUGGAUUUAUUACAAUUACUUAUUGGCAGAAGUAACAGGGCUUUUGUGAGGAAUUAUGGGACUUUUACUAAAUGUACCAAGACCAUUCGAUUUGUCAACACAAGGAUCGAGCUAAACUGGGCAUUGGCAACCAUGCACCUGUGAAAUAUCUCCAUGCUUUUUUUAACUUGUGAUAGAAUAUGAUAGCAAACCAUUGAUCUGUGUGGAUAUGGGACAUUUUCACUUUUGACAGUUUUAUAAACUUUCAACUUAAACAGAAAUGGAAGCAGUGAUUACUGUUGUUUUUAAAACUUUGGAGGACUUUCUGGCAACAGAUGAUUUAUUUGUAGACUACUUCAAUGCCUACCUGUCACUGCCUACAUUCCCAGCCCCCCUGUGUUUCAACAAGGACACAGGAGGCUUUGAGGUGGUCACUGAUGCUAAGAAAGAGCUAGCAAAACAGAUCAAAGCUGCCAUCAGGUCCCAGAGGAGGACUCCUAAGAUCUACAAUGUUGUUAAACAACACAGCUUCUCCAACAUCCCUCUCAUUCCUAUUGAGGAACCAGACGAACCAGAAAAUCUGGAAAUCAACACUAGCUUCACUGUCACUACCCUCAACAAGGAACAGGGGAUACACUGGAUUAAGGAGGAGAGACUCCCAGCCUUUUUGGAGAGUGAGUACUACAUGGAAUACAGACUUGGCAGGCUUAUCUCUCAGACGAAGGUUCAGGGGGACAAGGGGCAGUUUGUACUGAUGUCUGUGGAUUACAAGCCAAAGACCAAGAUUCGCAGAAAAAAGUCUGUUGAGGAGGUACCCCAGAUUGACCCAAAGGAGAAGAUGGCAAAAGACAUGUUUGUUUGCAUGGGGGACACACCGACAACAGAAGCAAAUGCUUGGUUCACAAGUGCUCAGAUUACACAGACCUCAGAAACUACCUUCUCCACUUUAGCCAGACCAAAGAGUGCUGAGAUUGUUAGGCGGCCCAAUAGUGCCCGACCUGCCAGUGCUUACAGUGCAUUGGAGGGGUACCACCGAUCAGAGAGUGGCGUAGGGACGUCUAUUAGAAGUUCUGUCUACAGUGGCCAUCAUUCCAAAACUUCAUUAGACAAUCUAGAUGAUGUUUAUUCAAGCAAGUUAUUUGCUGUGGAUGGAAAGCCAAUGAUUCAUAAACCAUCUGAAUCAGUGUUUAGCGUAACAGAGGAUUAUUCUAGUAAACAAUUACGACCAUUUAGUUCUACCAUUUACACAAGUCCCAAAAUUGAUCCCAUAGAAGUUGAUGAUGAAUCAGGGUUUGAAGCAACAGACAGCGAAUCUAAUUCUUCCAGAGAACGACAGGAUGAUUUUGUAGAUGAUGAACCACCAGUACCUCAAGAGCUAGAAGCAGCAUCUUCCCCUGAAGAUAGUCAAAAAGGCAUAGUGUUCAAAAACAUAGAUGACAUAGGAGCAGCUGUUGUUCGAGCUGUGCUGACCAAAUCUAUAGCUCAGCUCAGCAAUAGAGAUGAAAUGGAGGUGAUGAAAGAUCCAGAUGUUGCAAAGAAGCUUCCGGAAACACAACACAGAGAUCUGACUGUAGACAUGCUUGAUAGAGUUACUCUUGAAGAGAAGAAGGAAGAGGCAGAGGUGAAAGAGGAGGAGGAAGAGGAAGAAGAAGAAGAUAUAGAGAGGGAGGAAGAGGAGAGUGAUAAUGAUUCUCUGCUUGAUAGUGAAGAGGAUUAUGAGGAAAGUGAUACAUUCUUCAGGAAACACAAACAUAAGACCUACUCUCUUAACAACAGGAAGGGAAUAGAACAGUUCAAGACAUUCCUCGAGGGCACUGCUGGCGAGAAGAACUGGAGACUGUGGAUUGAUAUAGAUAGGCUGGUGUGGAUGAACAAGCAGGACAAAGUAGACCCACAUGUCAAAAAUAUCCAGAUGCAACAGUUUCUGUCCUAUAUACGAGAGCAGUAUCAUAAGCAGGGUGCCCCAUAUGAACUUUCUUAUGAACAGAAGCAAGAAUUAGGACUUGUGGAGCCAUCAUCAUGGAAUUUAGAAAAACUUGGCAAUAUCCAGAACAAAAUAGCAGAACCCCUUGUGUUAUACUGGGCUCCAAGAUUUUUAUUGAAGCAAGUCCAAUACAAAAAAACAGAAGAAAACUACCUCUACCAGAACCUGAAACAAGUGAAAGCUCAAGAGCACAGUGUAAACCCUAGCCCUCACACUGCCUCUCUGCUGCCCCUCAGACCAAAGUCAUGUGUGCCUCGGAUACAACAGACUGUCAGUUUACAGCCCCCAGCAGUCAGACCCCCAACUUUGCUAGAGACAUCCCCUCCUGUAGGAAUGAAGAGAGUUUAUGCACCUUCAGCCCUCCGUCCUCAAUCCUCAAACUUCAAGACGAGGCAGGAAGAGAGGAGAAAGAAAAUGUUGUCCUCGCAGUUCUCAGUAGAUAAAUCCAUCAAACCUCGCAUCAAAAGUGCACCAAGUCGAACCUCCUCUGGAGGCUCAGUGCGCCCAUCCUCAGCCAGACCAUCAUCUUCAGUGAAGACUCCAAUUGGCUCAGAGAUGCCUGAUUCAGACGUGAGAUCUCGACCCUCAUCUGCAGGAUCGGAUCGUGAAUCUGUGUCUAGUUCCAUUAGUUCAGUUUUCCCUGGGGGAAAGAGAAUGGAUGCUCUUCUGAAUGCCUUGUAUCAUGAAAGACAGGCUGGAGGGUUUUUCCAAAAGUACAUUGAGAGGAGUAGUAACAAAAUGUGGGUGAACUGCUUGAGUUUUUGGACUGAUGUUCAAGAAUAUCACAUGCUUUUUUAUGCAGAAGUCAUAGAUCCAUAUAUAGUACAAAAGAAAGCCAAGGUGAUUUACUCGAGGUACAUUGUGGUGGGAGGAAACCGUAACAUUGGAUGUAGCCAUGAGAUCCGUGGUGGCAUCUACCGUGCGCUACAGCCACCAUUUGAGGAGCUGUUUGAUGAGGCUGAGGAGUAUUCCCUGUCCAUCCUCUAUGUUGCAUGGACUCAAAUGAUUAAUGUAGACAUGAAAACUUACGGAAAGGUUGAACUAAUAGAAGUCAAGAAGCAUUUGGAGACUAGGUCUAAAUAUGUCUUAAAUCUGCAGAGGAAAGGUUUCAUCAAGCAGCGAGUGCUGACCCCAGAGGAUCCCAUGGAGGGUUAUGAGGAUCCUGUGUAUGAUGAGACACUUCUAGAGAAAAUUCCAGAGGAGUUCCGAGAUUUCACUUUAGAGAAAUUGGUGCACAAUAGGAUAGAAGUAGAAAACUUUAAAUUAUUUUUAGCUGAGAAUUAUGCCAGUAUGGAUUUGCUAUGCUGGAUGGAUAUAGAACACUUCAGACGGAUGCCUCAGACUGAUGAAAAGAGAAGAGAUGAGAAAGCUAAAGAAAUCAAAACCAAGUAUCUCAACAAAAAAUAUUUCUUUGGACCCAAUAGUCCUGCAGGAAAAGAGGGUCAGGAUAAGGUUAUGGCAGCUGGUGGUGGCUAUGGUAAGCUUCUAGAUGACCGUCCACCAAAUCCUGUUAUCCUGGAGGCCCAGAAGUAUGUCAGAGACAGGCUGGAGAAGAAAUGGCUCCCUUUGUUUCUUGCCACGUCUGAGUUUGCAGAGCGUCAGAAACCCAAGGCUGGCAUGGAUGAUGUGGUGGAUGAUGUCUUGGUUCAGAAAAAGAAGAAAUCUCAAUCUGUGAUGAGGUUGUUGGACACCAAGUGGCAGUCUUCUGCAAAAGAUAUUAUUCUGUUCCGUAAAUGUCUGCUGAACCCGGUAACAGCUCUACAGUUCCGCCGCUUUGUAUCAGUCAAAGACAUCUCCAAUAAGGAGGAUAAAUUGGAGAAUGAUGUCCUCUUCUGGCUAGAGGUCCAACGCUUCAAGGAUCUCUAUCAUGUCCACUGUGAUGAUUCUGUGAUCCUUGCAAAAGUAAAUUCCAUCAUUGGGUGUUUCAUUGAGUCCACCAUCCCACCCAGUCUCCAGAUUGACAUCCCGGCAGACCUUGCUGAAAGGAUUGCAGAGCGAAAAUAUGAAAGAAGUCCAUACAUAUUUAGGGAGGCUCAGCUGAUUGUCUUCCGAUACCUCUACCAGCACUGGAAUGAUUUUAUCAACUUCAGGAGUAAUCUUGCUGAUGAGAAAGUCCUGCCAACCAUAGAAAGAAGAAGGAGAUAUGCUAAAGUCAAAGAGAGACAGAAGCUGAGAGAAAUAGAGGAGAAAGCUCUGAAGAGUGGUGUAUCCAACUCCUUGGUUCCUUCCAAACCCUCCCCCAAAUCUUCACCCUUAAUACCUGGCAUUCCAAUCAGGGGUUGGCAUUCUACAGGUCCGUCCACCCACAAACACCAGAGGAUAGAGGCAGAGAGGCGAGCAGCUGAAGGCUUGCCCCCACUGGGAGAUGAGGAUGAGGAUGAUCAGUUUCACGACCCCUUUGCCAUGCACAGGGCCCCCAGCCAGGAGGAUGAGGAAGAGGCUGGGCACGGAGACACUAAAGACAAAAUUUCAUGGUCUUACUCUAGUUAUAUGGCAGCCUUACACAAAGAGGAUAUUCUAAAUAACACAGAUGAAAGCACCUUUAGUUCACUUAUGUCUGAUUCAGGAUCAGUCCAUGGAAGUGAAUCAGCCGAGAAAGAGUCUAAUGCAGUGACAGUGCCGUCUUCGUCUACCAUCCCCAAAAGAGAAAUGAAGACCGAACAAACCCAGACGGACAAAAGAAAACCAGGAAGGGUUGGCUUUGCAGAGGAACCAGCUAAACCUGAAGCUCCUAUUAAAGGUGCUUUGAAGAAGAGAGGAAAGGAAAGUCAAACUUCAUCAAAAGGGUCAGUGGGCUUCUCCAAAAUGACCCCAUUAGAAGAAGAAGGAGAAGAAGAACCUAUCAAGUCUCAGCAUAAGAGAGUCAAAGUCAAAACAGAACCAAUGAUGGCUGUAAAAGAAUGAAAGGUCAAAAAAGUCAACUUGGAACUUAAGACCUUGUAAACUACAACAAAAUGAUGAAAACAACACAGCUACUAGAUUUUUAUUGUUCUAAUAUGGACAGAAUUUCAAUAUGAUUAUUAAAUAAUAUAUUCCAAUGGACUUAAAUUGGAAAGUCUUAAAAUGUUAUUUAUGAGGAAUAACACACCUUCAUAUUAAUAAUAUUUUUUGUUUGAAAAUGAAAAUGUAAAGAAUUUUGUAGUUGCUAAAAUAUACAAGUAAUUUAUGCACAUCAUCAAUAGAUCAAGAAAGAUGAACAUUGGUUGACGUCUGAUUGACAUUUGAUGUAGGCGAGCACCAUAUUUUUUUUUUUUUAAAUUUUAAACACAGUAGAAAAGAUGAUAUUGAGUAAAAUUGUAAGAUUGAAACUGAAAAAGGAAGUCUUGUCUGAUAACGAGUGCAUGUUGCACAUUUUCUUAUCUCUUCUAAGAUUUUAUUACAUGUAUCACAAUACUUUUUCCUGCUAAGGCUGACAUGGUCAAACUUUUCAUUGAUCAAAUUCUUGAUAAUUCCAUAGUAACAUUGAUUUGUUUGUGCUUCAAUUGUUAUCACUUAAUUGAGAGCAUAAUAGUCUAAGUGGUGUUAUGUCUUCGUCCAAGCUGAACCUGUGAUAUAAAGUAUCUUAUGUCAGUAGUUUUAUUUGAUUAUUUUGAAAUGUAUUAGUAUUACUAUUUGUUAAGAUAUUAUUAUGAUGAAAUAAAUGUAGAUAAAACUUAA